CUAGAGACAAGCAGGCUGCUGCUAUUUCACUGGUGAGUCCGAAGCACCAGGAACUUUCACACCAUGAAGAUCUGCUUUCUUCUCAUAGCUGUUGUCUUCUUGACAAUCCAGGCCCAGCCUCAGAGAAAUGAAGAAGAGAUGCCGCCUCAGGAAGAGGCUGUGGCUGAGAGCCAAUCUCCUGAAAUAGAAGGUUCUGACAUAGUGGCUUCAGAUGCUCAACAGAGAAAAAUUCUUACCUGCUAUUGUAGAAGGCACUGCAUAUUCCUGGAAAAGCUUUCUGGGAGUUGCCGGAUCGAUGGUAUAUAUUACCGACUGUGCUGUAGAUAAGUCAGAGAACUUCUUGAACCAACUGAAGUAUUGAGAAGACCAUCACUAUUAAUCCUUGUAAUCCCCUUUCUCUAACCCAAAUAUAAUUCUAGCAUCAA